AUGAUAGUGCAGCACCAAGACAACCUCCCAGAGUCUGAGGCAGCAGGUCUUGCCCUUUGCGCUCUGGCCAUCUGGGUUGCAGUAGAUGAUUACAAGCUCUACCCAAUAUCUAGUGUGUCGGGGAAAGAUGACAUCUUUGCCGGGGCCUGGAUUGCCAUUUUCACAGGCUUUGCCUUCUUCUGCAUGUGUGUCUUUGGUAUCUUGGCUGCUGCGAUGAAGAGCCGUGCCUUAAUGCUAACAUAUCUGAUCCUGAUGUUGAUCAUCUACAUAUUUGAGUGUGCCUCAUGUAUCACUGCAGUCACCAACAGAGAUUAUCUGGUUGGAAACAGUAAUCUGGUGAAGAAGCAGAUGCUGAAGUACUAUGCAGCCGACGGUGACUCUGGCAGUCGGAUCACACUGACAUGGAACAAAGUGAUGAAAGAGGUGGAGUGUUGUGGAACAGAUGGCCCAGUGGACUGGAUAGAGUACAACUCCACCUUCAGGGAGAAGUUUGGUACAGACUACCCCUGGCCCACACACUGCUGCAAGAGGAAGAACAACUACGAGGUGGUGAAUGUAGAGGCCUGCAAGAACGGCCAGAACACCACCAUGUUCACUAAGGGCUGCUUCAACCACAUUGAGUCUGUGUUCAGUCGAUAUACAUGGGCUAUCAGUUGGUAUGGUUUCGCUGUGCUAAUGUUUAUGUUCUGUCUGUUGAUCCUGGCAAUGGUGUACUACCUGAUUCUGUGA